UGUUUCGUUUAACAGCUUAUGACUGGACCAGUGGAGCAGAAUCUUAAUAGUAGUCACGAAAAUCUGAUUUAAACUUGAAAAUAAUAUGAUUCAUUUUUCUGUGCUUCAUUUUUAAAGCUUAUUCAGUGAGUUGCAAAUAGGUAAAAUAUAUACAGAGAGGAUGGGUGGGAGUCCUGCCGGCUGGCGGGGCUGUUGUAGGGAAUCAAAUGAGGGUUUUACUUGAUUAUCGCGAUAUCUGGCAACCCAGCGCCAGCCUGCGUGUACCGUCAGCCCGUCAAACGCUCCGGAGCUCUGCUGCUGUCAGCCGAGACAUGUUCAAAACAGAAAAACUAAAGGCUUUGGUCAACGACCGACUGAAGGCGGCCGCUGAGGAGAUCUUCAUCCUGUUUGAACGAACCAUCAGAGAAUAUGAGGAGGAAGUGUUUGGUUCAAGGCAGCAGAUGGAGCAGCAGCGGAGGGCGGCCGGAUGGAGAGCUCCCCUGCAGCUCUCUGUCCAGAAAGAGGAUAUUCCCUCUGAGCAGGAUCACUGUGAGAAGAGGAUGGAGCGUCGUGAGGAUGACCGAGAGCCCCCGCACAUAAAAGAAGAACAGGAGGUGGAACCGUUGACGGCUCAGGCUUGUGAAAAGCAGGAAGAAACAGACACCAAAGACUCUAUGUUUAAUAUAAUUUAUGUACAGAGAAGUGAUGAGGAAGGAAGACAUUCACCACAUCAAAACCAAAUAGUUAAAAAUAAAGAGGGCGACCUUUUGCCUGGCAGCUCUUCUCAACCUGUUAAAGAAGGUGCAUCAGAGCCAACCAGUGACUGUCAGAUGAGUGAAGGAAGUGAUGACGACUGGAGAGACGAUGGAGGACUUCACCGUGACGCAAACAAGAACAAACCGCAGAGCGCUGGUGAGACAGCCGACAGACCGUACACCUGCAGCGUUUGUAACAAGAAUUUCAGGAUUAAAUCCAUUCUGACCCGCCACAUGAAGACACACACGGGAGAGAAGCCGUACAGCUGCAGUGUUUGCGGUAAAAGCUUCAUCCAGCGCUCCUAUCUGCAGACUCACAUGAACUCUCACUCUGGACAGAAGCCGUACAGGUGCAGUUUUUGUGGCAGAGGAUUCACACAGGUCGGAAACAUGAACGCCCACGUACGGAUCCACACAGGAGAGAAACCUCACAGCUGUACUGACUGCGGCAAAAGCUUUAGAGAGAAAGCUGACCUCAUCAAGCACACAAUAAUACACACCGGUGAGAAACCAUACAGUUGCACUGUGUGUAAUAUGAAAUUCAGCGCCCAGUCGAAUCUGACCCGCCACAUGAAGACUCACUCCGGGGAGAGACCUUAUAGUUGCACUGCAUGUGGAAAAAAAUUCAUCCGGCGCUCUCAUUUAAUCAUUCAUAUGAAGACUCACACAGGAGAGAACCCGUAGAUUAUUUGAUUUCUUUGGUAGAGUGAAUGAGGACACACAUUCCAUGAAGCGUAAGUGACCCAAAUCUUGUACUGAACAGUUUGUUUGUUGUUGCUAUUUUAGAAUAAAAGAUGAAAGUUAAAGUUUUUCUCCAGGUGAUUUGAGUUGGCAGCUGUUAACUUGUUAAAUCAGUAAAGUAGGCAUUAUGAGAGCAUUUUCAUGUCCUCCAAAAUCAUCAGUUUGUCCAGUCUUCCUGGGUGAUACAUUUUAUUUGUUGUCAAAAAAUCCCAUGAAAAGAGCAACACAAGGGAAAUGUUUAGUGACACUCAGCCUCAGACCAGUUACUUCCUAUUGAAAUUUUUAAUAUCCACUUACAAUGUGGCCAUUCUUAUUACAAAAGGAGUAUUGUAGUCAAUUGUAAUUAUUUCUCAAGAGUAUAUUGUACAUUUGUAGGGAUUUUUUUAGGGUUUUUUUGUGACAGAAAGAUGAAUUUGGGAUUUAUGUCUAACAAAGUACAACGUGUGUGUUUAUUGUAGAACAUGUAACCCAGGGCAACUGUGGGUUGUCUGACAACAGCUCAUCUCUAUAGUGCUGAGGAAUAACACAUAUCUGCUUUGGUCUACAAGACAACAUGUAGAAGCAUCAGUUAAAUGUUUGAUCACUUAUGACACUGAUACAGAAAAUAUCGCUGAUUUUUGGGUGAUUUUUAUUCUAAAUGUUCAGCCAACAGUUUCCUUUUGAAUGAAGAAAUGCUCAGGGUUUUUCACAAUGAUGGGAUCUGGAAUCUGUAGAGAUGACUGAUAGGAUUAUAAAAAGCAAAAUGUGGAUAAUCAAACACUUAUUAAAUCCCUUCGCUUUGGCAGCAUAAACUGACAGAUUAUAUAAAACACUGAAUAGAGAGCAUAGCCCAGAGUGUGGUUUUACACACUUUCUUUUUGCCAGUAAUGUCCAAGCAAUGCUGGUAUCAAACCCACUACCAGAAUGCAGAGAUUCUUACGUCCUUCUGGAGUUUUUAAUUGGCAUAUCUUUUGUUUUUUAAGCAUGUCUUGGUUUGUUUUUAUCAGUGUUAUGUGUUUUUUUUUUUUAAGCAUAGGUCUGUGUUUAAGAAUGAGAGAUCAAAGCCACCUGUGUUUUAUUAUGUAACUUUCUAUGAGUGUUUUUGUUCAUGUAUGUACUUUUUUUAACCUGUAAACAAAGAGCUGAACUGCCAAUUUUUUCAGUCCUUCAACUUUAAAUGUAAGAUAGAAGAGUUGUGUGUGUAAGAAACUGACCACAAGCAAACAGAAUUAUAUCAUUUCAAUAUUAAAUGCAGUACCAAAAGAAUUCAAAACCCAUCAUGUUUUGAUUAGAUAAUAAUUAUUAUUAUUUUUAGUGACCACUCACUGUUCAUUGUCAUCCUAGGGGAGACUUCUUCUAUCAGCAUAGAAAUGUUUCAUCAUGGAAUAAAGGUGAUCACUUUAAA